AUGAUUACGUUUGUCGACAAGAUUAACGCCCAUGUGGCGGACUCCAUUGUCGGGAGGUGGUUCCAACUGGAGGGCUCUGGCGUCGUGCGCGAGCGUGAGGGCUCACGGUUCCUCACGGAGUUACGCGCGGGAUUGACGACAUGGGCGGCGAUGGCUUACAUUAUCUCCGUGAAUGCCUCUAUCCUCAAGGAUAGCGGUGGGACGUGUGUCUGUCCCGAGGGCGUAGACUGCGUCAACUCCCCCGAUGUCACCUACACGCAGUGUGUCGCGGAAGUCCAACGCGACCUUAUCACCACUACAGCCGCCAUUUCCGCACUCGCCAGCUGCCUCAUGGGCUUCUUCGCAAACUUACCUGUCGGCAUGGCGCCAGGACUGGGUCUUAACGCCUACUUCACCUAUUCCAUCGUUGGCGUCGCCGGGAGCGGCAUGAUUACUUACUCUGAGGCGCUUGCCGCCGUUUUCAUGGAGGGAUGGAUUUUCUUCAUCCUGUCGCUACUUGGUCUUCGCCAGUGGUUGGCUCGCGUGAUGCCCCAGUCUCUUGUUAUGGCUGUUGGUGCUGGAAUUGGAAUCUUCAUUGCAUUCAUCGGUCUUGGAUCGGGCGGUCUCUUCGUCAUUGGCGGAGACGUCACCAACCUUGUCGGCCUCGGUGGCUGCACAGCAGACCACUUCAUUGACGGCAUGGCCAACUAUUGCGACUCGCGCGUCAUGCGCUCACCGACGACAUGGCUCGGCAUCUUCACCGGAGGCAUCUUCACCGUUCUGUUGAUGCUGUAUCGCGUGAAGGGCGCGCUGCUCAUGGGCAUCUUCCUCACGAGCAUCAUCUCAUGGCCGCGCCCGACGUCCGUCACGCUCUUCCCGCACACCGCCGCUGGCGACGAUGCAUUCAACUUCUUCAAGCAGGUCGUGACUUUCCACCCGCUGCAACAUGUCGGCAAUGCGCUCGACUACAACUACGGAAACGGGCGUGUUUGGUAUGCCCUCGUCACGAUGCUUUACGUCGACAUCCUCGACACGACCGGUACACUGUACAGUAUGGCGAAGUUCGCCGGCCUGCGCGACCCCGUCACCCUCGACUUCGAGCGCAGCACGGUCGCAUACUGUGUUGACGCGUUCUCGAUCUCGAUGGGUGCUCUCAUGGGCACGUCCCCCGUUACCGCAUUCGUCGAGAGUGCAACGGGUAUCGCGGAUGGUGGCAAAACCGGCAUCACCGCGAUAGUCACUGGCCUCGCCUUCUUCGUCAGCGUAUUCUUCGCGCCCAUCUUCGCUAGCAUCCCAGCUUGGGCGACGGGUGGCGCGCUUGUCAUCGUUGGCACGCUCAUGAUCCGCAACGUUCGCGAGAUAAACUGGGAUUAUAUCGGCGACGCUGUUCCUGCGUUCUUGACCAUCGUCAUGAUCCCAUUGACAUACAACAUUGCGUACGGUGUCAUCGCCGGUAUCGGCUCGUACCUCGUCAUCAACGGUGUGCCAUGGUUCCUCAAGGUCGUCACUGGCGGUCGCAUCGUCCCGCCCACUUACGGCCAAGCCGAACCCUGGGUCGUUCCUCCCGGCGGUUUCGUGCCCCAGUGGAUGCAAGCCGUUCACCGCCGCUUCUUCGCCCGCGGUGUCGGCCCCGAAGUGCAGCUCGAGGCCGUCGACAUGCACGGGCAGUCGACGCUUGACAUGCGCAACCCAUCUAUGCUCGACAACACCAGCGGUCCGGCUCCGGACAGCGCGAGCUCCUACGAGGGCGACAAAUACUUGCCGCACCCGGCGGCGUACCCGAUACGGGCGUACCAGGGAUACCCCAACGAUAAGUAA